AUGACAGCAGGACUUCUGACGAUUCUUCUCCUGGUCCUCACAGCUACGGAAGGUCGCCCCAUCGACAGAGACUCGACAGAGCCGGAGAUUUCCCUGCUGCAGGAGCGAGUGGCUGCCGUGGCGGUCGACAACAAGGUCAUCCUGACACAGACCUCCUGCGGCUACCUGGAGUUUGCCGUCAACUGGAUCACCCACGUGGAGGCCCUGGGCCUCACCAACUGGCUGACUAUCGCAGAGGACGAGACUGCCCUCAAGUUCCUUGAGGAGCGCUACCCAGGCCACGCCCUGCCAGCCUCGGCCUUCACAAACGAGGCCCUCUCCAGUGGCAACGCCCUCUACGAAUGGGGCUCUGCUGCCUUCACCAAGGUCGCCUGCGCGCGCCCCUCCUACCUGCAGAUGGUACUGGACUUGGGCUACGAGGUGCUCUGGUCUGACAUGGACGCUGUGUGGCUCAAGAACUUCUUUGCACUCGCACCCCAGGGCCUCGACUAUGUCGGCGUGGAUGACUCUGAGACCGAGAACGAGCAGGAGACGGAGAACGCAUGCACGGGGCUGAUGUACUUCCGUCCGACGGCGCGUGCGCAGCAGCUGCUGGCGGACUGGCACGACAUGUGCAUCGAGCUGAACAACAACAACCAGGGCGCCUUCAACCGCGUCUUCUCCGGCUCCGGCUUGCACCGCACCAUAGACUACUUCAUCAUGCCCAAGCAGCUCUACCCCCACGGCGCUCUCAUCGAGCUGGUGGACUACAAACGCAGCGAGGCGGCUGCGAGCGCGAGCGGGAUGGACCCGGCCUGGGUGCACGCCAACUACCGAGUCGGCCACAGCGCCAAGCGCGAGUUCCUGCGCGACCGCCUCGUCUGGAAGGCGGACCAAGCUUCCGCCAGCUUCCCCACCUGCCCCACAGCCGCCGACGGCAUCAUGCCCAUCCCCGUCGAGGAGCCGCAGCCGCAGCAGCCGGAGGCAGAGACCCCCCAGCUUUAG